AAAAACACUAAAAUAAAGAAAAAGAGUUAAUUAAUUAAUUAAUUAUCAAUUGCUUUUUGUAGGAAUAUCUAUCUUCCUUAAUUUAAAAAAUAAAUAUACAUUUAUUUGUAUAUAUCAUAUCAUAUCAAAUCAAUUAAUUAUUUAGCAAUUGUAAAAUUGAGUAAUUAACUUUCGCAAGGUCUAUUAACCACAAAUACUAUUAAUCCUCUGCUUUUUCAAAAAAUUUAAGCAGAUUAAAUAUUUAACCCUUCCCUUGCAAAAUCAAACAUAAAAAAAUUUAACAUUUUGAACGACUCUAUCUUUGAAUCAAUCGAUAAGUCUUAUCCUUCUUCCUUCAAAAGGACUUUGUUCAAAUCAAAGGAUAGAAGAAAAGAUAAGAAUUCCCAUAAUUUGAUUAAGGAAUAUAUUAAUUAAAAUAAAUAAAAACAACUAAAACUUAAAGAAGAAGCUUAUCGCUUGUAAAAAGCAGGCGAAGUUAAUUAAGAAAAAAUAUAAUAACAAUAAUAUUAAGACGAUUUAAUUUUAAUUGAAGAAGGAUAAGAAACUAAAAAUAAAGUCAAGUUGAAAUUCCCAUCUCAGCAAAUGUAUAGGAGCAUGCUUGAAGCUGCGAACGAAAUUUAUGCAGAAUACAUCUCCUCAGGGGAAAAUAUUAUGGAAGUUGCGAAAAAGCCUACUCUUCUCAAGCUCAAAGAUGUUAUAGAGUCAGUCAAAAAAGAGCAUUUUGGCAUUACGAGUAAUUAAUAAGCUAAUGCCAUUCUCUUUAGUGAUAAAGAUACCAUAUCCUAUGCGAACAUACAUUCUGAGGAUGACGAGCGAUUCUCGUUUGGUCUUUUUUUUAUUCCAAAAGGGGGUUUUCUUCCUCUCCAUGACCACCCUAACAUGUUUGUUUUUUCCAAAAUCUUGAUGGGCAAAGUCAAGAGACUAAGUUUUACACUCACGAACAGAAAUAUUUAGUUUGACUAUCCUCAAAAUUUAAUUUUAUAAAAACUCUUUUUUUAGCAAUAGCAAUAGUAGCUUUUAUUAUAAUAGAGAUAAUUAUUGGCUUAGAAGUAGUAAUAAACUUAAAUGUAGCAGCAAAAUGGCUAAUAUGUUUCCAUCAAUUAAUUUAACGAUAAAACUAAUAUUAAUUAUCCUAAUAUGAUUAAUUAGAGUGGAUUCAAUCCAACGCCUGCUUAAAUAAAUAGUAAUCAGAAAAAAAAUCAAACUUCCCAACCAGCAAAGGCAUAAAUUAAUGACCUAAAUGGAUAACGUAUAACACCAGCUUAGAACGAAGCUAGCGCUAAAAACAACUACAUCAAUUAAAAUCUUAUUUUAUAGUAGCAGUAAUAAUAAUAGUAGUAGCAGAGUUAAAUGCAAAAUAUGAAUUAUUAAAACAAUGGGAUUUAAAAAAUUUUAAAUAACAUAGCAAAUAGUUAAAAGGGAGGAAAUAAUAAUUCUUCAUUCGAUAUUAACGGAUUUAAUGGAUACUCAACUGAUACUAAAACAUAGAGUGGAUAGUUUUACUCAUCUCCUAAUUUAAGUGAGUCAUAAGAAAGAAUUAGUUCAUCAGGAAAUAUACAAAUAAAUACAAAUUUAAAUGGUAAUAUCAGUAAUUCGAAUGUAAACUAAAAGAAUAGCAGUGCUGUAUCAAACGCAAAUGGUUAAUCUUAUACUAAUGCUUAAUAGCAAUUGAAUCAUUAACAAUAAUAGCAACAAUAACAAGCCAGAUCAGAUAAAAAGAUUCCAGAUUACAUGAAUUUAAUGUAGCAAUAGUAAAUUGUAGAAGCUGUAUUAGAUUCUGAGGAAAUCUUAUCUGAAGGUUUCAUAGAUGAUUUGGAUCCUUUGCACAAAAACUUGCAUUAUAUUGAAGCAGUUGAAGACUGCGUUUUCUUUGAUGUACUGCUACCUCAUUAUGAUUUAAAGAAGAGAUAUUGUAAUUAUUAUAAUAUAUUAAAGACUCCAGAUCCAUAAACUGGUAAAACUCUACUUUCUAUAUCAAAUCAGCCUUCUAAUUAAAAUAAAGUCUAAUACUUUACAAUCGAAAAAUCAACAUGUGAUUACUUCAAUUGA